UUCAUUUUCAAAAUGAGCUCAACGAUCAUUCUUCUGGUUCAACUGAUUUUUUUUCUACAUCUAGUUAGGGAAAUCACUUCGAAAGUGGAGUUUACCAACAUCAAGUGCACUUCAUUGGACAAGGAAUUCGAUGAUUUUGAGUAUUGCUAUCUGAAGUCGGUGAAUCGAAGCUACAAAUAUGUUUCCGUCAAAGUGAAUUUGUUUAAAGUUCCCGUUACCAGAGUGAAAGUGAACUUUGCUCUGCUCAAGCGAUACAGUGGCUAUAAGCUGUUCCUCUACAACAUCACUGUAGAUGCUUGCAAGGUAUUGGCAAAUCGAAAGUCUAACCCUGUUUUUGUUUUCAUUCAUGAUAUGUUCAGCUCAUAUUCAAAUAUGAACCACUCUUGUCCGUUCGAUCAUGAUCUCGUGGUCGAUAAGGUUUCUGUGGGCUUUAUCAAUCGGCACUUUACGGAAGUCCUUCCCUUUCCUGAGGGGGAGUACCUCUUCCAAUCCAACUGGUUCGCUUACAAUGUAAAACGUGCUGAAGUGAACUUUUAUUUCACUCUUUCUUAAUUAUUUUAAUUGUGUAUAUUGGAUUGCUCUGAGUUUAAAUAAAUAUUGUUCUUGUUUGGGA